AUGGAAGGAGUUCCAGUAGAGAUUUUUCCUCAUUUGACAUUAGCAAGAUUUGCCGAAGUUGCACAGUUGGCUAGUAUUCCUAGUAACCACCAAUUGAUUAUAGUUUUGGUGGAAAGAUGGAGGCUAGAGAUUUAUACGUUUCAUAUGUCUCCUAGAGAGUGUACUAUCACUCUUGAAGACAUCAUUAUUCAGAUAGGUCUUCGAAUUGAUGGAAGGCCAGUUAUUGCCCCUACAGGAGGUGACAGGGCACAGAUCGUUAAGGAUUUGCUAAGAAUUAGACCACCUAGUUUCGCAUUUAUGGGAAACAUCUUGAAACUUACCUGGUUGGACGAACAUUUUUUUCACAUUGGCUUGCACAACCAAAAUGCAUUUAAGCUAACUCGGUUUGCUAGAGCUUAUAUUUUGAGACUGAUAGGUGGAUUUAUGUUGACUAAUCAUUCUAGUUGUAGGGUCUCAGUUAAGUACCUUUCAUUACUUGAGGAUUUGGAGAUCACUGGACAACAUAGUUGGGGAGCUGCAGCUUUAGCAUUUCUAUACUGA